GAAUGAGAUAUACAUAUUAUUAUCAUUAGAACUACUAUUGGUUCUCAUCAGACGUCCCCAACCUCGUAGUAAUUAUAGCCACUCGUCGAAACAGUAAAGUAUGAUGAAGUUCAGUAUGGCUGCUACGAUGAACGCCUCACCCCCACUUUCAGCGAUAAUUUCAGCGAUAAAAUCAAAGGAACAGAAAGAAAUCUCCUCCUUUUCGGCGUUUUCCUUUCGAUAUUUUCCUUCUUCCAUUAUCCGCUUUCGACGUUUGCCUUUUCGGCAUUUUGUUCUUCUACAUUUUCCUCUUCGACGUUUUGCUCUUUUUUUUAUCGACAUUUUCCUUUUCGACAUUUUUCCUUUCGACGUUUUCCGUCAACCCCAAUGUAUCAUUGGUGUUAUUAUUGUUAUUAUUAAUGAAUACAUUUUGACAUAUUCUAGACAGAAGCAAAUAUGUCAUUUAAUUUAUUGAAAAAUCAUGAUCGUGCAAUUGCUAGUUUAUUAAAAUGUUCAAUAGAAAAGUUGAAUGGGGAUGAUUCACAUCAAAAAUAUUUAUUGUAUGUUGGAUUAAUGAUUCAUUACAUUGAAAGACAUUUGGACUAUGCAGAAUAUGAUGAUGAUUACCGUACAACGUCAGAUAUACAAAAUUUAUUACUUAUAAAUGAAACAGAUGAGAAUUAUUUUCAUCAGUUAUGCCAAUCAUUUUGUAUAAGUAUGAAAAAAGAAAUAUCAGUUGAUAAAACAGAAUUUAUGGCUGAUGAGGCAAUAUGGAAAUCAUUAAUCCCAUACGACAUGAAAUAUGGUGACUCAGGAAAUGAAGGAACAGUAUCAGAAUAUUGGUAUCAUAUGGGUGUUUUACUAUUAGUUCCAUACAAUCGUAGAUGGCAUUUACUCAAUAAAAAGUGUGUAAUAAAAGCAUUUCCUAAAAUGUGUCAAAAAGCAAAAUGUGAUGAAAAUCAAAUUAAAUUAAAACAAGACUGUAUUGAAUUAAUAAAUGAAAUGUUAUAUGAUAAUAAACAGCAAGUAUAUUAUCGUCUUUUUAACUUUAAUGCAAUAACAUCUUUAAAUUCAUUAAUAUUAUUGUAUAAUUCAAAAAGUGAUGAUAAUCAACCUGUUUUAGAUACGAUUAUUUCAAUAAUAACUGAUUGUUUAUACAUUAGAGAGUUCUUUUCAGACAUUGAUACAAUAUACAAAAUUGGAAAUGUAAUUGGUUGGAAUCAAAUUGGUAAUUAUAUCUAUAAGGCAUUUACAAGUUGGUUAAAAAAACGGAAUAUUACAACAGUUGCGGAAUUCUUAAUUGCAUUCAUUUCAAAUAAUAAAACAGUCACUAUUCCAAGUCAUACAAUGAUCAAUGAACUUUUAGCAUAUGCUUUUGAUUUAAAAUGUAAAAAUAAUUCAUUGCAAUUAAUUGACUAUUGUUCUCUAUUACAUUUAUUAAGUUUAUAUGAAAAUGAAUACAUCUCAUCAUUACAAUUGAUUUCGACAGCUAUUAAACAAACUGUUCGUAAUGUUAUUAGUGAAUAUUCGUAUAAAUAUGUUAUCGAAAUAUGUUUGAAACCAGUAUUAAUACCAUACUUAAUCAAAAUUUUCAACAAUAGUUCUCCAUCAACAAGUCAUUCAAAAACUCAACUGUUGUCACCAUGGUUUGUCUCUUUAUAUGAAUUGUGUCUAGAUGUGUUGAAUGGUAAGUGUCAACAACGUCAAGCUCAUCUUCAUAAUAUGAUUGAUUCAUGUGAAUUACCCUUAACAUAUAAAACAAAACGAAUUCAUAAUCAACAAACAUUAUGCGUAACAAAAACAGAAGAUACAACAUCACAGCAGAGCCAAAUGCUUCAAGAAUAUUUAGAUUUAAAACAACAGUUACUGGAUAUGAAAAGUUCAUUUGCACAAUAUGAAACAACAUCAACAAGACAAGCUACUGCAACUACUACUAGUGAACCCAGUGAAAUUCCAGCUAAAAGAGCAAAAAAACAUUGA